AAGAACGGCUUGGCUGAAGGAUGACGCAGGGGCUCACGUGCUGAGGCAGGCCAGGUCACGCCUUUCGUCAAGCAUCAGCCGAGUGUUCCCUCCGCAUUCUCAGACCGUCACACACAUCGCCAUUUCCAUCGCUCUCACUCCCUCUCACUGAGAAUCCCAAACACUUCAUCUGCAGAGUUGCAAUCCUCCAUAUAUAUGGUCCCGCCAUAACCUUUUCUUUUGCUUGCAUGUACGCUCUCCAAUUUUCCUUCACUCCCCGCCCCAAAACCCUAAAACCCUCCGCACCUCCACCACUUCACAUCCUCAUGAAGGACCGCCCGCCUCCCUCAUGCGUUUCCCGCUACAUCCCUCCUCAUCAUCGUCUGCGCUCCGUCGUCACCUCCUCUGCCUCCCCCAAUCUCAACGCCGCUUCUCUCGACUCCACGUCUCGGGAUCAUCAAGGCACGCUUCUGAACCCUAGGAACACUUCUCUUCCUCACUCCCAACCUCAGAAGCUGCAACAGAAGGAUAAUUCACUCUAUGAUUUCCUGUACGAGGAGGUGUCUGAGGAAGGCUCUGAUCGCGAAAUUGAGUCGUCGUCGCAUGGGGGUGCUUCAGCCCCUGAUACCAUUGAUGAGUGGAAGUGGAAGUUUACUAUGCUUUUACGCAACAAAGACAAACAAGAGUUGGUGUCAAGGGAGAAAAAGGACAGGCGUGAUUUUGAGCAAAUAGCUAUUUUGGCAAGCAGAAUGGGUUUGUAUAGCCAUCUAUAUGUAAAAGUUGUUGUCUUUAGUAAGGUUCCACUGCCAAACUACAGAUUUGAUCUAGAUGACAGGCGCCCACAGAGGGAGGUAAUUCUACCUCUUGGUUUGGAUAGAAGAGUGGAAGCCCAUCUUGAGGAGUACCUUUCUCAAAAGUUUACGACGAAUGAAAACUUUCAAGAUAUUGCCUUCUCUAGAUCAAGUAGUACUAGUAGCAUUGCUACUGAUGAAGGGCUUUUUGAGCAACCAGAGCCACUUGCAGUUAGUAGAUCUGUCAUUGAGAAAAUUGUUUGGCGGAGGAGUUUGCAACUGCGGAAUCAGCAACAAGCAUGGCAGGAAUCUCCAGAAGGUAGAAAAAUGCUGAAAUUUCGUGGAAGUCUCCCUGCUUCCAAAGAGAAGGAUGCAUUACUAACAGCCAUUUCAGGAAAUCAGGUGGUUAUCAUCUCAGGUGAAACUGGUUGUGGCAAGACCACUCAAAUUCCCCAAUUCAUCUUAGAAUCUGAGAUUGAAUCUGUUCGUGGAGCUGUAUGUAGUAUUAUAUGUACCCAGCCUAGAAGAAUAUCUGCCAUGUCUGUUUCUGAAAGAGUUGCUGCAGAAAGAGGGGAGAAAUUGGGUGAAUCCGUUGGGUAUAAGGUCCGGCUAGAGGGUAUGAAAGGAAAGGAUACUUGCCUUCUAUUUUGCACCACAGGCAUCUUGUUGAGAAGAUUACUGGUUGAUAGGAAUUUGAAGGGCGUAACUCAUGUUAUUGUUGAUGAAAUUCAUGAGCGUGGAAUGAAUGAAGAUUUUCUGCUUAUUGUCCUGAAGGAUCUCCUUCCUCGCCGGCCAGAACUGAGGUUGAUUUUGAUGAGUGCAACCUUAGAUGCAGAACUUUUCUCAUCCUACUUUGAUGGGGCUCCAGUUGUCCAUAUCCCGGGUUUUACAUACCCAAUUAGAACGUAUUUCCUGGAAAAUAUUCUGGAAAUGACGGGAUACAGAUUGACUCUGUACAAUCAAGUUGAUGAUUAUGGUCAGGAAAAGAUGUGGAAAAUGAACAAACAAGCUCCAAGAAAGAGGAAGAGCCAACUUGCUUCUGUAGUCGAGGAUGCACUCAGAGCCACUGAUUUCAAGGAUUAUAGCCCACAAACUCAGGAAUCUUUGUCCUGUUGGAAUCCUGACUGCAUUGGUUUUAACCUCAUAGAAAACCUUUUAUGCUAUAUAUGUGAGAAUGAAUGUCCUGGUGCUGUUUUAGUCUUUAUGACUGGGUGGGAUGACAUAAGUUCUCUGAAAGAUAAGCUCCAAGCUCAUCCCAUCUUGGGAGAUUCAGACCAAGUUUUGUUGCUCACGUGCCAUGGUUCUAUGGCUAGUGCAGAGCAGCGGUUAAUAUUUGACAAGCCUCGAGAUGGGGUAAGGAAAAUAGUGCUAGCCACGAAUAUUGCUGAGACAAGUAUCACAAUUAAUGAUGUGGUUUUUGUUGUUGACUGUGGAAAAGCAAAAGAGACAUCAUAUGAUGCACUGAAUAACACUCCGUGUUUGCUUCCUUCCUGGAUCUCUAAGGUUUCUGCUCAACAGAGAAGAGGAAGAGUUGGCCGUGUUCAACCAGGAAAAUGUUACCAUCUCUAUCCUCGAUGUGUAUAUGAUGCUUUUGCAGAUUAUCAAUUGCCUGAAAUUUUGAGGACACCUUUACAGUCCCUUUGCCUGCAAAUCAAAAGUUUAAAACUUGGAAGUAUUUCUGAGUUCCUAUCUAGGGCUUUGCAGUCUCCAGAGUUGCUAGCGGUUCAAAAUGCUAUUGAAUAUUUAAAAAUCAUUGGGGCUUUAGACGAGAAUGAAAAUUUGACUGUUUUAGGCCGCCACUUGACAAUGCUUCCAAUGGAGCCUAAACUUGGAAAGAUGCUUAUACUGGGGGCUGUCUUCAAUUGCCUAGAUCCAAUACUAACCAUCGUUGCUGGACUUAGUGUUAGAGAUCCAUUCUUAACACCAUUGGACAAGAAGGAUCUUGCAGAGGCUGCAAAAGCUCAAUUUUCUCAUGACUACAGUGACCAUCUUGCACUUGUUCGGGCUUAUGAGGGCUGGAAAGAUGCUGAAAAGGACCAAAUUGGAUGUGAAUACUGCUGGAAAAAUUUUCUUUCGGCACAAUCAAUGAAAGCUAUUGAUUCACUUCGGAAGGAGUUCUUCUCUUUGCUAAAGGAUGCUGACCUGGUUGAUGGCAACAUGGCCACCUACAAUGCAUGGAGCUAUGAUGAGCAUCUCAUUCGAGCAGUUAUUUGCUGUGGCCUGUAUCCUGGAAUUUGCUCUGUUGUGCAAAAUGAAAAGUCAUUCUCAUUGAAAACAAUGGAGGAUGGUCAAGUGCUCUUGCAUUCGAAUUCAGUCAAUGCUCGAGAAUGUAAAAUUCCAUAUCCAUGGCUAGUUUUCAAUGAGAAGAUAAAAGUAAACUCUGUUUUUCUCCGGGAUUCAACAGCUGUGUCUGAUUCAGUGCUUCUUCUAUUUGGGGGCGACAUCUUGAGAGGGGAUGGUGAUGGGCACUUGAAAAUGUUGGGAGGGUACUUGGAAUUCUUCAUGAAACCUGCUAUAGCAGAAAUGUAUCAAAGCUUAAGGAGAGAACUUGAUGAGCUAAUUCAGAAUAAACUACUGAAUCCCAGAAUGGGCAUACACAUGUAUCAUGAGCUCCUUUCUGCAGUGCGACUGUUGAUCUCGGAGGACCAAUGUGAUGGCCGAUUUGUGUUUAGCCACCAGGUUGGCCGCCAGGUCGUAAAGCCCUCAAAAACAUCUGUUACAGGGAUGCCAAAAGCCUUGGUUUCAAGGACUGAAAGUGGUCCUGGGGGUGAUAAUUCCAAGAGUCAGCUCCAGACGUUGCUCACCAGAGCAGGAUAUGCUGCACCUACUUACAAGACAAAGCAAUUGAAAAACAAUCAGUUCCGAUCCACUGUAGAGUUUAACGGAAUGCAGAUCAUGGGGCAGCCUUGUAACAACAAGAAGUUUGCAGAAAAGGAUGCGGCAGCGGAGGCUCUGCAGUUGCUAAUGGGUGGGACCCAGUCAGGCCACGAAUAUAUUGACCACAUGUCAAUGUUGCUGAAGAAGAGCAAGAAGGAUCAUAAGUAAUUGGGUGAUUGUUUGGAAGAACAGUAACCAAUGGGGCUUAGAAAAGCCUAAGUCUCGAAACUUCGGUGACCAGGUGGGUCCAAGAAUUUCCCUAGUCACUCCUCUCCAAAGGAAGAAAGGUGGAUUUGUCAUUUAUAAAGUCACCAACUCUGACCUUAUUUUAAAAUUCCGAAACAGUCAUAAGCUGUCAGAUUGAUACUUCCACCAACAAAGAACAGACUUGCUGGCCCAAGGUAAAAUUUGUGGUGGGUUUGGAAUGUCUGAUUAUCUGCUUCCAGACAUGGAGGUACAGCCAAACCGACCAGAUACAGUUGAAGGGACUUAGAGGGACCUAUGUUUUCCAUUUCAUAUUUUUGCUUCUGGAGCGGGUUGAUUGAUGGUGACUGAGUGCUGUCAUCAGAGCCCAUGAACCUGCAGUUGCUACGUGGCAUCAAUGAUAAGUACAGACUGAAUUUAGAGAGAAAUCGUGGGAUUUUGCCCAAUUCCAGGCUUAGAGAUCAUGUUCAUCCUAACUUGAUCACUUUGUAUAUCAUGAUUCCUUAAAACCGAACACUGGGAAGGUCUUUUUAAAAAAAAAAAAAAAAUUGGACGAAGAAGAGAGAAAAUGAGAAACCUGUAGUUUGGCCUGAAUUGUAAAGUUGGUGGUUGGGAUUGGUCGGUAGGAGUGGAAUUUGUUGAACCUAUUUGGGAAUAUGUUUGAUGAGUUGAAUCAUCAGGAAAUGUUAUAGUCACUUUCGACAUGGGGGGCCCGGAAUUGGAGAUUUUUUUCUUUUUCUUUUGUUGAAUGAUCAAGUGAUGUCAUGUGAAUAUUGAUAGGGACUAAGAAACAUUUGACGCCAAUAAGAGUGGGAGUGUCUCAUUGAAAGCCCUAUAGAAGAUAAUUUCUGUUUAGCAUGGAUGUAUCCUUAUCGAGAAGCUGUAUGGGAGUCUCUCAUUGUUUUGGCUUUUAGCUGUUAACAUGUCAUGGCACAGUUGUCUCAGCAGAUGGUACCUUGGAACUAGAGUGGUUGGUGCAGGCUUUUUUGGUCCUGACUGGAGAACCCGAGUAUUAACAAUGCACUUGUACGUACUUUACCUCUCUAAUUUUGGUUUAAAAUACUCUUAAUAUC